GGAUGGUGGGGAAACGAGGGGAGAGGGAGGGGGAGGGGGAGGGGGAGAAGGAGGAGUACGAUCCGAGGAAGAGGGAUCCGCAGUGGGCGCAUGCGGGUGCUUCGCCGCUUUGGGAGCUGACCCCGCUGCUGAACCACUUCCACCCCGCAAUAUCCCUCCUCGCCACCCAGCUCCUCUCCGGCACACCCCUCACAUCAUCGCCGGACCUCUCCCUGCACACCCUCACGCACUUCCUCGACCGCUUCGUGUACAAGAACCCGAAAAAGACCAGGCCCAAGGGCGACAGCGCGAUGCAGCCCGCCGCGGCCGCGUUGAACGACGGCGGGCUGGGGGUGCGGAAGCUGAAGGGCGAUCUGCAGGAGGCGCCGGUUAACGAGGAGGGGUGGUGGAAGAGGGGCAGUGUGCCGGUCGAUCAGGUGUUCUUUCAGAAGUAUUUUGAGAGGAGGAGUGAGAGGGAGGGGGAGAGGAAGGGGAAGGUUGAGAAGAGGAAGGGGAAGAAGGGAGGGGAUGCGGAAAGUGAUGAUGAUGAGGAGGAUGGAGAGGAAGAAGAUGUGGAUGUGGAUAAUGUUGAGGAGAGCGAUGAGGAGGAGGCGGAGAUUUGGAAGGCUAUGAAAGCGUCGAUGCCGAAAGAAGCCGGCGACGACGAUAUGGACGCCAUGUCGGACAUCGACGACGAUCUGCCAGACGACUUGCCAUCUGACUUUGGAGGGGAUAGCGAUGACGACGACGAUAUACCCGCCGUCGACGAAGACGCAGACUCCGACGCAGCCUCAGCCGCAGACGAGAAUGAUGACGAGAACAAAGAUGAAGCGGCUUCGGACGACGAUGACGCCUUCUCCCUCGCCGAAGACUCCGACGCCGACGACCUCCUCGACCUCGACGCCGACGUCCCGCUCGGGCUCAUCCACUACGACGGGCCAGACGCCGGACAAGCCGAGGCCGAAGAGGAGUGGGGCGGCUUCGGCGGCGACGAUGGGGGUGCGGCGGGCAAGAAGAGGAAGAGGAAGGAGGAGGACAAGCAGAGGAGGAAGAAGUUGCGGUCGUUGCCUACGUUCGCGAGUUAUGAGGAUUAUGCAAAGUUGAUUGAGGAUGGGCCUGAGGAUGAUAUUUAG